AAUGCAAAUCCGAACCUCACCGAAGCCAUCGCAGCCCUUGCGUCUGACGUGCGUGAAGAACCAGGCGGCCUGCAGGGCGUUGGAGGCCAUGAGGCAGGCGGCGUGGCAGGCGAGCGCGCGCCCGUGCGUGGAACCUCGACGCACCUGUUCGAAGAGAUCCGAGUCGGACGGCAGCUCGCAGAAGGCCAGGGCGUCUUGGGGAGGCGCCCCGUCGCGCCGGCGCAGGAGGUCCUUGCAGUAGAAGCGCACUCGGAAGCGGCCCUCGUAGGCCCAGCCCAGCAGCUUGUCCAGCUCGCGCGCCGGCCGCUCCUCCACCAGCGUGAACGCCUGGUCCAGGCACUCGAUGAGCGGCUGCGCCAUGUAAAUGCGCUCGGCGUACAGCUCGUCGGCCAGCGAGGAGUUCUCGGGGGUCCAGUCGCCCCAGGGGUCCUGCUGGCAGCGGAUGAGCGAGUCCGGAUCUUCGUGCAGCAUCUGGCCCUGGUGGCAGCACUUGGUCACGGUGAUGACGGAGGCGCGCUCGAACCUGUCGACGGCGAGCACCCUGGGCGCCGGCCCGCCGCCGGCCAGCGCGUCGAAGCAGAAGUCGCUGGUGCACGCCACGUGCUCGCGGCCGGACGCUUGGCGCAGGCGCACACACGCGGCGGCCGGGCGGUCGGGGAAGCCCACAAUCCGCGCGCUCUCGGCCGGGAAUAUGAGCCGCGCGUACCACUCGCCCCAGUCGACGCGGUAGCGCACGGCCAGCGACCGGUUCCCGGCGGCCAGCGCCGGGGGCAGCCAGUAGGCCGACGGGUCGCCGGGCGCCAGCUGCUCAGCGAGCCGCGCGUCCGUCUGCAUGCCCGGGCGCGCAACGCACUGCAUCUCGCGCGCGCCCAGCUGCUGGCCGCGCGGGCAGCACUUGCUCACGAGCGCCACCCGCGCCAGCAGCACGCGCGCCGGCAGCCCCGAGCCCGCCUCGUAAAG